AUGUACGACUCGUUCGACAAUAUGUACCAGGCGACCAUCGGCAUCGACUUCCUCUCCAAGACGAUGUACCUUGAGGACCGGACGGUGAGGUUACAGCUUUGGGAUACCGCAGGCCAAGAACGAUUCCGCAGUUUGAUUCCCUCGUACAUCCGCGACUCAAGCGUUGCAGUUGUCGUUUACGAUAUCUCAAAUGCGAAAUCAUUCCAAAACACAAAGAAGUGGAUCGACGACGUGCGCGCCGAGAGAGGAAACGAUGUCAUCAUCGUUCUUGUGGGCAACAAGACGGAUUUGAACGACAAGAGGGAGGUGACGACGCAGCAGGGAGAGGAUGAGGCCAAGAAGAACAAUCUCAUGUUCGUGGAGACCAGUGCAAAGUUGGGCCACAACGUCAAGACAUUGUUCAAGAGAAUAGCGCAAGCCCUACCCGGCAUGGAGGGAACGGACGCUGCCCAACAGGCCUCUAGUCAAAUGAUUGAUGUGAAGACAACCCCUGCCCAGUCCUCGCAAGAGGGAUGUGCAUGCUAG